AUGUCUUUGUCUGCAAGCGCUGUUAGCAGUAUCGCUGGAAUCACUGAUGUGAUAACCUCACUAGUCACAGUCAGCAGCAGUAAUUCUCAAUCCCCGCGAGCCUCGAGUACAGCGUCAUCAUCGGUCGCAGAUUCGAUAGCAGAAUCAUCUGAGCUUGUCGCAUCCUCGUCGCCAACACCUACGCUUCUAGCAUCGUCAGUUGUCGCAUCUUCUGAGAACCCCUCUUCUACUCCUAGUCCCGCUGCUGCAUCUUCUGCGCCGGCCGCUGCAUCAUCUCCGGACAACUCUGCAGCAAUCACAGUCGUAGUAACCUCGGUUGCAACAUUAACGGACCUGCCAUUGACGACAAUCUUCACGCCGCCAACAUCAUGUUCGACUCGACCUUUUACGCUCGGGGCCACAAAUAGCAGCACCAUUGGAACUUGGGACGCACAAUACAACUCCACAUAUGCGUGCUAUCCCCCAUCCUGGAAUACUGCGAAAGUGAAUUAUUAUCUACCCGGUGUAUGUCCAGAAGGCUACAACUACGUCGGCAUAUUCUCCUACCAAACAACCACUUCCGCAAACUGCUGUCCUUCUGGAAUGAGUUUGGUGGACAACAACUGCCAGACAGUAAUCUCAACACCGACUUAUGCUUUAAUGCCCGACCUCACAAAUACGUUUGCGAUCUCGGAUGGAUUCACUGGUCUUGCGACACCGAUAAAUGUGGCAUGGCGAUCUGCAGAUUUACAGUCUUUUACUCCAGCGGCCGCGCCUGUUUUGGCUGUUGCUAGUGCUUGGAACCUUCCCACCUCGACAAGAACUGCAGACACGGAAACCAGUUCUGCAGUCCCAUCUUCCCGUGGACUUUCCACGGACGCAAAAGCGGGAAUUGGUAAGAAAACAACGGGCGAUCAAGAUUUUACCGGACGAGCCGGAGAUGUCGGGGAAAGCAGAACUCAGAAGCACAAUUUCUUCAUCAAUGGCAUCUUCUCCCACAACAGCAGUGUCUUCACCUUCAACCGCGCAAGCACAUGA